AUGCUGUUGAAUCUAUGUCUGGCUGGUGAGGAGAGUCGCCAGGCGUUGAAUGAGGCUUGCGUCAAUGGCACUUUCAAUGCCGAGUACUACAAUGGGCCGAGCUCGGCCGAUCUCGCGAGAGAGUUUCUUGCUUGGGUCGAACCUGGGCCCUCGAACUACUUGCCAUUCAGUGGUGUCGAGAACGACCAAAGCUUCAAUGCUUGGAAAUCUGGUGUGUUCCUGGUCUGCUACUGUGCGAUGCUUGAUGCCGAAGACUUGUGCCAAAGCCCGAUGUACUACAUCAAUGCAGCACGUCUGAUGUUUCGGGGUCCUUUGACAGACAUCCAACUGGAUUUGCCUACAAGUUUCGUGGUACGCAUUGAUCUGGAAGGCUGGGGUUUUUCAGACACAGACUCGAUCCGGCUGAUCAGCAUGACGCAAACUUGCAGGGAAAAUGCGAAUGAUCCGCGCGGAGUCGAUGUUUAUCGUUUGGGAUGUCCUGGGCAGAAUAGCUCUAGCUGCCGCAGGCCCGAUGUGAAGGAGGACAUUUCUGUUUAUGUGAUUUCAGCCGAGCGCACAGGAAUUUACAUCACUGACAUCUCAAUUGGGGCAUCUCAGUCCGUGCUGACCUUUAGUGGUGACAUAACUGCAGAGCUCUUAGAUGGUGACGCGAUCACUAUUGAUGAGUCGUCCAUUAUCAUGAACAACAAAAACCACACCGCUUGGAACAUUGCUGAGCAACACGUGGUGUCAAAGCUUUCUGGAUUCUACGGCUAUGCCGACGAGCCCAGUGUCAAGCGCAUGCUCUGGAAUCGAGUGUCCUAUGUCCCGGGAGAGACCAACAAGUUGAGCAUCCCCGUCGGCUGGAUCGAGACGGACACCGAGAGCAUCCCACAGUUCAGCUUCGUGCAAAACAAGGGCCGCUGGGCUCGACGCAACCGACUCCAGACGAAGGAAGAGAUCAAAGUUGACUUCUCUGCAACUGUGAAGAUCUGUUGGGGAGCGUUUGACGAGGGACGCCAGCAGUACUACGGAGAAGCAGGUGUCCUGCAGUUUUCCAGCCCAACCUUCAUGGCAGAUGCAGGAGUGUAUCUCACAACGAGAUUACAAGGUGGAGUGGGUCAGGCGGUCCUGUCCUUCUCUCCGUCAACUGGAACCACAUUUUACAAGGCCUUUCACACGCCACUGGUUGCCCCUCGGCGGCAUCAGCUUUUUGAAGCUUCUUGCUCAGAGCAGCAAGCAACCCCGAGGUCCGGCUUCUAUUCAAAGAGGUAG